CUGAUUUUUAUGCAUUGAAAAAAAUGCAUAAAAAUGACUCCAAACAGAUAACAUAAAGACUAGCGUCUGCACCCUUGUCGCUAAAAUUGCUAAUUACCAUUUGCAAUACAAAAUCCUUACCAAAUAUGUGUUAGUUCUUUGAGGGAUUUGAGGGUUUAAUUGAGAUGGAUAUGUUUUGUUGUUUUUGAACCUUAAAUUUCCACCAGAAGAUGCACACAAGACGUAAUUUUAAAGAUGUUCCAACCUGUGAGUUUUAUAGUUUUAAGCCUCAUCAAUAUUUAUAGUGGAACUAGCUCCUAUCAGGAGAAAAACAGUUUGCAAACAGCACAUCCAUGCUGAAUUCUGUUAUACACCCAACUCUAAGUUUAGGGUCCUUUGUCUUUUCACUUUGAUUUGAAUUUUAGAUUCACCCGGAAAAUUAAAAAGCUCACAGUAGAGUUUUUGCUAUUCUACUUCUGAUGUACUCUUGUAUCUUAUUACAUAUAGCAUUACCAGAGACCACCUAUCAGGAAAAAAUAAAAAAAUAGUAGUAACAGAGACCAACCCAACUUGCAUACCAUGCAACUGAAGAGUCAAAGAUUAAAUAGAUUAUGCUAUCCAGUCCCUCUUGGUAAAUCCAACCAACUUGUUGACUAUGAAUUUGGAAAAUUGAAAUCAACCACAUGAUUAAUUGCUCUCAACAUGCCAGUGGUUGAUGAUUGUCUUUCAUCCUAAUUAUUACUAGAGUUGAGCAUUUUAUUCUGAUGGAUACUCUUAUUCUUUGUGGCAAGGACACUGCUUUUAUAGCACUGCCAUUUUUGUUAGAUUCAGUAGCAUGUAUGCUCAUUAGACGAUGUUCUGGGCAACCUGUGUUGGAGUUGAUUUGUUUGUUUGAGGUCUCUAUAUUGUAUGUCUUGUACUUUUAUUGGACCAAACUACAUGCCUACGUGUGCAUAGAUUGUUUCUAUCAUGGGGGUGCAUUAGGCCAAAAUCUUAUCACAGUUCUACCAUCCACCGUUGAGCUAUAAGAAAUAGUCUCUUGAUUCCGUCACCCUAAUAUGCUGAGUAAUCAGUUUGAGUUAUCUUCCCAGUUUGUAUGUCAAUCCAAGUGUUUUUUUCCCCUACCUCUGUCCUAGGAACCUUCUGUUCACCUUCCAAACCAUUAAGCACUGGCAUAGCUUUUUUUUUUUUUUGUCUUACCGAGUUGAUACUCCUUUAAUUAUAAGCCUUUUCUCGUUGCAAAUGGGUCCUCAACCAGAAUGGAAUGGUUGAGGACCCAUGACUCCAAACAGAUGGCACAAAGGACUCAGCUUGUUCCUACUGUUCAGCUGUUUAGUCAUAUCUAUUAUUUGUUGUGCAUGCUGAACCAAUGACUUUGCUUCACUUAUGACCAUAGUUUCAACUCCUUAACCGACUUUUGUUCAUACUCAAACUUUACAUUCAUGAAGAUUUUUAUUUUAUUUUAUUUUAUUGUCUCUAAUUGAAAAUUGAAAAUUAAUCAUUAAUGUUAGUUGGUUUUUUGUACAGUAAUGAGUCAAAAUGUUGAUAUUAGUAGGGCAAAUUGGAUUGACCCCAUCCAAAGAAAGCACUUUAUUGAUCUUUGUCUUCAAGAGGCAAACAAAGGCUUUAGAUCAGGUGGAGGUUUAAAGUCUAGUGCUUGGCCUCGAAUUGCUGAAGAGUUGGAGAAGUUACUUGGAAAACGUUAUACUUCAAAACAACUUAAGAAUGGGUGGGAUUACAUGAAAAGACAAUAUCUCAUUUGGAGUAAAAUGAUGACUAUGACAGGACAUGGUUACAACUCUGUAACCAAAACUUUUGAUUGGCCAGCUGAAAAAUGGGAAGAAUAUCUACAGAAAUAUCCAGAAGCUAAACAAUUCCAUUUUAAACCAUUAGCAAAUGUGGAAGAAUUAGAGGCAUUGUUUGGAGGAGUGUUAGCUACUGGGUCUAAAAAUUGGAGCUCUGAAGGAGUGAUAGCUUCUGGGGCUGAGGAAUCAUCAACACAUUCUACAUCUAUGCCUAGCAAAACUUCAAUUAGUUUAGAAGAAGAUGAGGAUUUGCUAAGAAAUACUAAUGAUGAAGCAGAAGGUUCUAAGAAAAAACAGAAGAAAGGAAAGAAAGAGCAAACUCAAGAAGAAAUGAAUAGAAUAGUGAAUGUGUUGGAGAAUUUUAAAGGACCCUUAGUCAAAGAAUGCAUGAAGAUUUUGAAGAGGCUCUUGACUUAUGAGGAUCCAUUAUACUAUGUAGCAAUUAAUGCAUUUUGCAAGAAGAAAUAG